AUGUCAUGGCUGCGCGUUAAGUUUCGGCUCCUGGUCUCCAGGCUGCUCCCCUUCCCCUCGUCAGGGUAUUCCGUUCUUCCCCAGUCAUCUCGCCAUGGCAGAGCAAUCUCCUUUGCGCGGAGUCCGCGGGCCGCGUGCCGCCGUAUCAACCUGCUUGUCCGCAUAGGUCUGGCGGUCCUUUUGUGCAAUAUCAUAUUGACACCCAUCUUCUGGCCUUCGUACACGCACCUUCCACCUUGCUAUGAGAAUCUCCAGAAAAUAGCCUCAAACCCAGGCACCCCCGGACGAGGCAACCCCCACAAUGAAAAGGUAUUCAUCGCCGCAAUCUUAUACGACCGCACCGGCGAGCUCGCCAGCGGCCAAUGGGGUGACGCAUUGGUACAGCUAAUCGACCUACUCGGGCAAGACAACGUCUUCCUCAGCCUGUACGAAAACAACAGUGGGCAAAAAGGCCAGCAAGCCCUCGAGGCCCUGUCGCAGCAAAUCCAAAGCAACAAGUCCAUUGUGGUCGAUGCCGACGAGCACACUACCUUCGAUGCCUUCCCCCGCGUCACGCUCCCCAACGGCCAAAACCGCAUCAAGCGCAUCGACUACCUAGCGACGCUGCGGAACCGCGCACUGCGCCCCCUCGACCAGCAGAAACACAUCAAGUACGACAACCUCCUCUACCUCAACGACGUCUACUUCAACCCAGUCGAAGCCCUCCAGCUCCUCUUCUGCACAAACGCUCAUCCCCCGCGAUCUACCCCCGCCUACCGCGCCGCCUGCGCCGUAGACUUCACCAACCCCUUCAAAUUCUACGAUAGCUACGCCACCCGCGACCUGGCAGGGUACGGCAUCGGGCUCCCGUUCUUCCCCUGGUUCACGACCGCAGGGCACGGACGGAGUCGGGAAGACGUACUGGCUGGCCGGGACGCGGUGCGCGUGCGCAGCUGCUGGGGCGGGAUGGUCGCGUUCGAUGCGUCGUAUUUCCAGAAGGACGAUCCUGUGCGGUUCCGGGCUGAUGACGAGGUAUUCUGGGAUGCGUCAGAGUGCUGUCUGGUGCAUGCGGAUGUGCAGGAUGCGCCGGAGGAUGUAGACGAGAUUCGGGAUACGGGGGUGUAUAUGAAUCCGUUUGUGCGGGUGGCGUAUACGACCAGGACGUUGGCGUGGCUGGGGACUACGAGAAGGUUUGAGCGGUUGUAUGUGCGUGUGCAUGAUCUGCUCAAUAGGGUCGUUGGGUUGCCAUGGGAUAAUCCGCGAAGGACGGAGGUGCCUGAAUCAAAAGUGAAGCGGGAGGUUUGGGUGCCGGAUGAGGGAUUACAGAAUGGUGGUUCGUUUCGAAUGGUCGAGGUUACUGCUGGGAAUGAUGGGUUCUGUGGUCGACGGGGGAUGGAGGUGGUUGUGGAAGAUAGAAGACCUGGUCAGGAUGGGUUCGAAGCUGUACCUCCCCCUUCUCGAUAA